ACAUUUAACCGGUCAAGUGGGACCUAGAGUCUUAAACAUGUAACGUAAGAAAGAAUACUAUUAUACUAGUUAGGAGACACGUAAAUUCUCCAUCGAUCGGUUUCUCUCAAAUAAAAUUUUCAAUUGUUUUCUCUGCAGUGAGCAGCAUCGUUUUGCCAUCAACUGUUUCGGUAGAGGCCUCAGACACACACACACACAUGGUUUCAGAGAAUGAAGAGAUGCCUAGUGGAUGGCCAUUUGGUCUUGGCUUUUUGAAUAUGAGACUAAGAAUUGCAGAAUCACUCGCAGCUGCUCCGGCAGAGCCCUACUCAGUGCACAUCCCAUCCAACAGUUUUUCCUCAUUCUCAACCUCCAACCUUGAUACUGAGUCCACAGCAUCUUUCUUUCAAGACAAGAGUGUAUCCCUGGGGUAUCUGAUUGGAAUUAGACAAGGUGAAAGAAGACGCUUGCACUUGGGAAAUUCAUUGAGAUUUGAAGAAAUGGAGAUGAAAACAUUAGCAAAGGGUUCCUGUUCUGAAGCAUCUAAAUUAGAAGAAAUGUGUAUGUGUAUGUCUUGUGGCAUUUGCAUACCCAAAUUGCUUAAUGCCCUACAAAAGAUUAACAAAAGUAAAAAAGGUACAAGGAACUAGAAUAUAUGAAGUGUGACACAUCAAAUGUUAGGUGCAACUCUGUCAGUUGCUCCUAGUCAAAAUUUACACAUGAUUAAUUCUUCUGUAAUUUUAGCCAUUUUUAUUUCUUAAAUCAUCCAUUGUUAUUUUUCAUAAAAUUUAUCUUAACUACGUUUUGUUUGUCUCUGGGAAUAUAAUGAAAGAAGGGUGUUGGGGGUGUGAUUGUAGUUUCUUAUUCUGAACUUAUAGUUUAUUCUAUGUUCUUUGAUCUGUUCUUCAGUUGUACAAUUCAUGUCCGAUAAAUAUUUUAUGGUGAACCAUAUAUGCUAUUUGCAGAA